AUGCCGAAUCACCCGACCGCGCGAAGGCAUAUUUGUAAACCCUUGACUGACCGCGAGGUCGCCCUCUCCAACGACACCGCCAACGCUUUCCUCGGGCCCAAGCGAAAGCCGGCAUGGCUCUCUGGCAAUCGCCCGUCACAACCUACCGUCCCUCCUCCUCCGUGCGCCCCUCAGGCACGAACCGAACUCAGCCCAGCUGUCCUCCCCUCUCCGGCCCCAAGCGACGAACCUAGCCCUGUCUUUUCUUCCGUACUAGACAGCCCGAAUGCUUCCUCCACCUUCGUGCCCGGCCCGAGUGUCGCUAGUCAGACUCAGCCAGCCAUGCCGCCCUCCCUCCCAUAUACAACCGCAGAAUUCGUCUGCGCCAGCCCUGUGAUGUGCGAUCCCAUCCAGUCUGGCGAUGGCACCUCCCAGUUGCCGACCAGUGAUGCCUCCCAGCUACCCCUGGGGAGGCCCAACGUGACGCCCUCGGUCUCCAUCCCGAACCUUGGAGCAUCAGGGGCCCAAGCGGCUCCAGGAAUCCAGAGAUCAUUCACCUUCCCCUUAUCUACGAACCCUCUCGGCUCACCAGUCGCCCCUCCGCUUGAGAGCCAAGCAGGAUCGCCAAGUGUGAGCUCUCGCACAACAACGCCAAACGGCGUCAAUCACGCUAAGCGGCGGCGUCUCAAGAUCAGUCAGCAGAGGCAACUCAUUACGAACCUGGCAUCGGCAUCUGCUGACUUGGCCCGUCCGCGUCUCGUGCUGCUCAAAGAUGCGUGUGUGCGCGAUGACAUAUUCUUCGUCUUGCUGCACCAGCUUUUCUGCGUCCACACCCGCAGCCCCAACGAAGUAUAUCAAUAUAUGAACCAAGACGUCCCGAGCGGUGUUAUCAUUGGCGGCUUCCGUGUUGUGGAACAGUUCCUGAGACCAAAUAAGGCCAUGAAUGACCAACACCUGGACUGGUUCACUUCGUUCCCGGCUCCACUCAACACCAUCCUGACACAGAUGCCCUCCUACUCAGCUCUGCUAGGGGACGUCAGCCACUUUUUGUGCCUCCUCAAUAUGCACUGGGAGAUGAUGCUCCAGGCAAUGAUGGCCAGGAAGUUUCCAUUCCUUAUGGAGGAGCUGGUCGCGAUACUCAACUGCCGGUCCCCGGUGCUUCAGGACAUUAUCUUCACCUCGUCGAGACGGAGGCUCGAGGUCAACGAUCAACCUUUUGGCAACGAUCUAGACAGCCUGUUUAAGAUGAACAGACAGUCCCGAUCCAAUGAGAUCAUCGAGUUCAUACCUAACCCUACACCGCAAGUUUAUACUAGAAUUUUAAACCGCAACGCUCAUCUUAUAUCCUCCUUCCGCGAGACGAUUCAACGUCAACGCCAACAUCAGUUCCAAUUUCAGCAACAGGCCAUGGCUUCCGCUCCUCAGCAUUCCCGGAUCGCGCAACAAUCACCACCCCUAAUGCAGUCACCCACCGUCUCUUUCCCGAUGCCGAUCCCAUCUUCCAACGCACCAACUCCUGGUCCGGUUACCCCGCAAUUCAACCCUCAGCCUAGCGAGCUGGGCGUGCAGCCUCCCUAUGUACAGCCAGGGCAGACCCCGACCCAGGCGCAAGUGGCGCCUUCGUUUGCUAUGGCCGGCGUCGUGGGAGGACAGCUCGGUCAACAAGGAGGAAAUGCACCUCCUAUGCAGAAUCCGCCGUUUAGUCAAGGCCCAUUCCCUUCGAAUGCCGUCCAGAUGGCAUAUCAGUCCCCCGCCCACGAUCCUCACCAACCCUCCAACAUGGGGCAGCUAGCACCCCAGAGACGUAGCCAGACGUGGCAUCAGCCGACUCCACAACAGCAGAUCUACCAGCAGCAGACCUACCAGCAGCAUAUACAGCUGCCAUUCACUCAGCCGCCCUUUGAACAACAACCACCCGCCGUCCAGGCGCAGGCACAGGCACAGAUAAUGGCACAAUGGGCGCAGGCGAUGCGACAAGCGCAGCAAUCGCCCCCGGCACAGCCUCCGCAGGCGAUGCGACAAGCACAGCAAUCGCCCCCGGCACAGCCUUCGCAGGCGGUGCCGAUAGCUCCGCGCCCACAAGUGCAGCCAGAAGCUGUUCCGAACCCUGCACAAGGUGGAUUGGUCAGCCCGCAGCGUCCUCAAAUGCAGGUGGUGAACGGCUCUGCAGCACCGCGACCGGCCUCCCGUGUUCCUGCUGUGCCGUCUAAGCCGCAGAUGAUGGCAGACGCGCGCAUCUUCCCUCCGCGAGGUUUUCGGAUCACUCGGAGCGAAUGGCCGUAUGAUCUCGCGGACCCAAAGGCCCUCCAGAUGUCUCUGCAUCAGGCCCACCUGCGGAGUCCGAAACGAGUCCUGCGUCCCGGGGCCGCCGAGGGGGGUUCUGAAGAGGUGCAGCGCUAUUAUCAGGCGGUCCAGAGGUUCGCAGUCAGCCCGACUCCCAUCCCGCCGUCGCAGUACAUCUACCGGUUCGAUUUCGAUGUCGACCAGGCGAGCUUCGCGCUGCUGGAGACAUCCGUAACACCCUCUGGCGAACGCCUGCCUCAAUCGAACUACUUUCAGGGCAGUCUCCGCUAUCGCCUGCGCUGCAUCCGUAAGAAAGGACCGCUGCCGGAGCCGUUCCACUUCCUAGAGGCUACCUGGAUCACGACGGAGACCACCUGGCCUAGCCACCUGGGCCUCAAGCUCAACGACGACUGCCUCACAGUCCGGCGACAGACACACAACGGCAAGGACCUGCCACUGGAGCUCACGACCCUGAUCAAGCCCGGCACCAACAGCCUGCAGGUCUCGUACCCGCCGGCGGUUAACACCAUGCGGCGGAGCGGGUACAUCCUGGCGGUGGAGAUCAUCGAGACGAUGAGCCACUCGAGCGUGACCGACCUCGUGUGGAACAGCGGCCUCGUCGACGCCCAGGUCACGCGGGACACGGUCCGGUCGCGCCUCGCCAAGUCCUCGGCGGGGGCGGCGGCGGCGUCCUCGGACGACGAGGGCCUCGUCAUCGUCGAGGAGGGCCUCUCGAUCGACCUGGCCGACCCCUUCAGCGCCAAGAUCUUCGAGGUGCCCGUCCGCGGCGCCGGCUGCGCGCACAUGGAGUGCUUCGACCUCGAGAACUGGCUGCAGACGCGCCCGCCGGCCAGCAAACCCGCCCGGUGCCUGCACAAGCUCAAGCCCUGCGGGUGCAACGAGACGCCCGAGCCGUCGCACCCGGACCGCUGGAAGUGCCCCGUCUGCGGCGAGGGCGACGCGCGCCCGCGCAGCCUGCGCGUCGACGUGUUCCUGCUCGAGGUGCGGCAGCGGCUCGCGGCGGAGGGCCGGCUCGGGGCCAAGGCUGUGCUUGUCAUGCCCGAUGGCAGCUGGAAUGCUGUUGGCGGGGAUGACGAUGGGGACGAGGGCAGCGAUGGGGAGGGUGCGGUGGCGGCGUCUGGUGCUGGUGCUGGUGUGAGUGCGGGCGUGAAUGGCGUUGCGAGGCGCAAGUCUGCGGCGCGGGCGACGGCGUCGGCUGAUCGGGGGCAGCAUGUUGAGGUUGUCGAGCUGCUCGACGACGAUUGA